UCUUGACUUGUUCUCUGACAUUCAGUUUGCACGCACAACGUAUACCCCCUUCACGACAUGCCACGCGAAAUUGUGAACGUACAGGUCGGCCAGGCCGGAAACCAGGUCGGGGCGAGUUUUUGGGAGAUGGUGCUGGCGGAGCACGGUCUGAAUGAGGAAGGGUUCUACACGGGAAACGACCCUCUGCAGCUCCCCAAGGUUGACGUGUUCUUCACCGAAGUACAGCAACAAGGCGGUAGCAAGUAUGUUCCGCGUAGCGUGCAAGUUGACCUGGAGGGUGGCGUUUGCAACCACAUCCGUUCUGGCAAGCUAGGGAAGCUUUUCCGGCCAGACAGCUUCAUCACCGGCGAUACUGGCGCCGGAAACAACUGGGCUAAAGGAUACUACACUGAGGGUGCCGAGCUUGUGGAUGGUAUCAUGGACGUUGUCCGCGUGCAGGCCGAAGGUUGUGAUGCCAUGCAAGGAUUCCAGAUGAUCCAUUCUCUGGGUGGAGGGACGGGCUCUGGUCUUGGCUCCCUCCUCCUGUCUAAGUUCCGAGAAGAAUACCCUGACAGGAUGCUAUCAACGUUCUCGAUCCUGCCGUCUCCCAAGGUGUCUGAGACUGUCGUCGAGCCAUACAAUGCGCUCCUGUCGAUCCACCAGCUGGUUGAGAACAGUGACAUGACUAUGUGCAUCGACAACGAGGCCCUAUAUGACAUCACUGUGCGAACUCUUGGAAACAAGGCCCCCGAGUUCGCUGACCUGAACGUUUUGGUCUCGCAAGUGAUGUGCGGAGUCAGUACCAGUCUGCGGUUCCCUGGACAGCUGAACGGCGACCUCCGCAAGCUGGCGCUGAACCUCGUCCCCUUCCCUCGUCUGCAUUUCCUCAUGCCGAGCUACGCGCCGUUCUUCGACCCUCGCUCCAAGGCGUUUGUUCGCAUGACCGUGCCCGAUCUCACAUCGGCGCUCUUCGACCGGAAAAACCUGCUCGUCGCCUGCGACCCUAGGUUCGGCCGGUACCUCACUGCUGCGACGAUCUUCCGAGGAAAGAUAUCUUCGCAAGAGGCUGAAAACUCUGUUAUGGAUCUUCAGCGCAGGAACUCCGCCCAAUUUGUGGAAUGGAUUCCCGAUAAUGUCUCUGUUUCUCUGAUCUCGGUGCCACCUGUUGGUACAACUGCGGCUGCAACAUGUCUCUCCAACUCGACUGCUGUGCAAGAGCUUUUCCAGCGAACGCUGAGCCAGUUCGUCGCGAUGUACAAACGUCAGGCUUUCCUCCACUGGUAUACCGGAGAGGGCAUGGACGCUAUGGAAUUCUCGGAGGCUGAAAGCAAUGCUCACGACCUCGUUUCUGAGUACCAGCAGUAUCAAGAAGCAUCAGUCGAAGAGGAAUACGUCGACGAAGAGUACGAAGAAGAGCUUCCCGUUGAAGAAGAAUAAGGUCGAGUCUGGAGUUCCUUGCUGCUUUUGCCUUCGAGUGGUCCGGUGUCGGCACUCGCGAUUUACUAUGCGUCUAUCUAGCAAAAAACUUCACAUUUCUAGCAUCUAUCCUACUAAUAUAGCUUGCUGUCGUGUUGGUUAAUCCAGUGCUUCUUGUAUGAUGACAGCUACGCCCGAGACGGCCUUCCGACCCGGG